CCGGGGAGGGGGCUCCGCGCCCCGGCUGUGUUUUAACCCGCUAUGGCAGCAGAGGGAGGCGCCGGCGACCAGGCUGCCGAGUAUGUCCCAGAAAAAGUGAAGAAAGCUGAAAAGAAACUAGAAGAGAAUCCAUAUGACCUUGACGCUUGGAGCAUUCUCAUUCGAGAGGCACAGAAUCAACCUAUAGACAAAGCUCGGAAGACCUAUGAACGCCUUGUUGCCCAGUUCCCCAGUUCUGGCAGAUUCUGGAAACUGUACAUUGAAGCAGAGAUUAAAGCAAAAAAUUAUGACAAAGUGGAGAAGUUGUUUCAGCGCUGCCUUAUGAAGGUUUUGCACAUUGAUUUGUGGAAGUGUUACCUGUCCUAUGUGCGAGAAACCAAGGGGAAGCUGCCUAGUUACAAAGAAAAAAUGGCUCAGGCAUACGAUUUUGCUCUGGAUAAAAUUGGCAUGGAAAUCAUGUCAUACCAGAUCUGGGUGGAUUACAUCAAUUUUUUGAAGGGCGUAGAAGCAGUAGGAUCCUAUGCCGAGAACCAGAGGAUAACAGCUGUCCGUAGGGUUUACCAGCGUGGUUGCGUCAAUCCAAUGAUUAACAUAGAGCAGCUCUGGAGAGAUUAUAACAAAUAUGAAGAGGGAAUCAAUAUUCAUUUAGCUAAGAAGAUGAUUGAAGACAGGAGUAGGGAUUACAUGAAUGCGCGGCGCGUUGCAAAGGAGUACGAGACCGUCAUGAAGGGCCUGGACCGCAACGCCCCCUCCGUCCCGCCUCAGAACACGCCGCAGGAGGCCCAGCAGGUGGACAUGUGGAAGAAGUACAUCCAGUGGGAGAAGAGCAACCCGCUGCGCACCGAAGACCAGACGCUCAUAACCAAGAGAGUGAUGUUUGCAUACGAGCAAUGCCUUCUGGUGCUGGGACAUCACCCAGAUAUCUGGUAUGAAGCUGCACAGUAUCUUGAGCAAUCCAGUAAGCUGCUAGCAGAAAAGGGGGACAUGAACAAUGCUAAACUUUUCAGUGACGAGGCUGCUAAUAUUUAUGAAAGAGCGAUCAGCACUUUAUUAAAGAAGAAUAUGCUUCUUUAUUUUGCAUAUGCAGAUUAUGAGGAGAGUCGGAUGAAGUAUGAGAAGGUGCACAGCAUCUACAACAGGCUCUUGGCCAUAGAAGACAUCGAUCCCACUCUGGUUUAUAUCCAGUACAUGAAGUUUGCCAGGCGAGCAGAGGGCAUCAAGUCCGGGCGAAUGAUAUUCAAGAAAGCCCGGGAGGACGCCCGGACCCGCCACCACGUCUACGUGACCGCGGCCUUGAUGGAGUAYUACUGCAGUAAGGAUAAGUCUGUGGCCUUCAAGAUUUUUGAGCUCGGGCUGAAGAAAUACGGGGACAUUCCAGAGUAUGUGCUGGCCUACAUCGACUACCUGUCUCACCUCAACGAGGACAAUAAUACAAGAGUUUUGUUUGAACGUGUUUUAACUUCAGGGAGCCUCCCGCCUGAGAAAUCCGGAGAAAUCUGGGCUCGGUUUCUGGCUUUCGAAAGCAACAUUGGGGAUCUGGCCAGCAUUCUCAAGGUGGAGAAACGGCGGUUCACGGCRUUCAAGGAGGAGUAUGAGGGGAAAGAAACGGCCCUGCUGGUGGACAGGUACAAGUUCAUGGAUCUGUACCCUUGCUCUGCAAGCGAACUUAAGGCCCUUGGCUAUAAGGACGUCUCCCGCGCCAAGCUGGCCGCCAUCAUCCCGGACCCCGUGGUUGCGCCGUCCAUCGUGCCCGUUCUCAAGGACGAAGUAGACAGAAAGCCUGAAUACCCCAAGCCYGACACUCAGCAGAUGAUUCCGUUUCAGCCAAGACACUUAGCACCUCCAGGUCUGCAUCCYGUGCCCGGGGGGGUUUUUCCCGUUCCGCCAGCAGCUGUGGUGCUCAUGAAGCUCCUGCCCCCGCCCGUGUGCUUUCAGGGUCCCUUUGUCCAGGUGGAUGAGCUCAUGGAGAUAUUCCGAAGAUGCAAAUUGCCAGAAACUGUUGAUGAAGCGGUGAGAAUCAUCACGGGCGGCCUACCCGAGAUCGCCGUGGAAGGCAACGGGCCCGUGGAGAACAACGCGCUGCUCAACAAGGCCGUGAAGAGACCAAACGAAGACUCGGAUGACGACGAGGAGAAAGGCUCCGUCGUCCCCCCCGUCCACGACAUCUACAGAGCACGGCAACAAAAGCGGAUCCGGUGAAACGCCGCCGCCGUUCYGCUGUGAUCGGCAAGGACUGGGCUGAGUUUGGCUGUCUCUUAAAAGUCAAGCUUUAAAAGGGACAGCUGCAAACAGAAAAAAAAUCUUGAAAAUGGUUUUGUUACUGUGGUGCCUCUUCUCCCAUAUUGUUCUUGAACCGAAACCAGAGAGAACAAUCUUAAAAUGUGCUCUGAACAAAAUUAGAUUUUUCAAACACAAAAGUGCAAAAUGCCUCAACUGCAUUUUGUUCUCUCCUCAAGGAUGUUCACAUCGACCACUUGAAAUCUUGUGGGUUUUCAACAGUUUUAUUUUAAAAACUGGAUGGCUUAUAAUUGUGAAGCAUUUUUAAUUCACACUUUCUGGAAAACAGUUGUUCUCAGUUUGUUCAUGUAGUGUCCUGCCUUAUUGUUCGUUUUUAUUUAUG